CAAGACACUUCCGGUAGAUGACUUGCAAAUAGAAAUUUGGUACUUUAUGAUUUUCUCUUACUAAGUUUAGUGAGGAUUAGCGAAGUAUUUAUUUAAGAUGCCUGACCAUUUAGGAGCAGACCAAAGAAAGGUCAAAGAUGAGAAGACAGAAGAUAAACCAAUACAAGCUCUUGAUGAAGGAGAUAUAGCACUGUUAAAAACUUAUGGUUUGGGACAGUACACAAAAUCUAUCAAAUCAUGUGAAGAAGAUAUACAGAGCAUUCUUAAAAGGGUUAAUGAAUUAUCAGGUAUUAAAGAAUCGGAUACAGGAUUAGCACCACCAGCAUUAUGGGAUUUAGCUGCUGAUAAACAAACUUUACAAAAUGAACAGCCAUUACAAGUAGCAAGAUGUACAAAGAUAAUCAAUGCUGAUACAGAUGAUCCUAAAUAUAUUAUAAAUGUAAAACAGUUUGCUAAGUUUGUGGUAGAUUUGGGUGAUCAGGUAGCUCCUACUGAUAUAGAAGAAGGCAUGAGAGUUGGAGUUGAUAGAAAUAAAUACCAGAUUCAUAUACCAUUACCACCUAAAAUAGAUCCAUCUGUUACUAUGAUGCAGGUAGAAGAAAAACCGGAUGUAACAUACAGUGAUGUUGGUGGUUGUAAAGAACAGAUAGAUAAAUUACGAGAAGUUGUAGAAGUACCUUUAUUACAUCCGGAGAAGUUUGUGAAUUUAGGUAUUGAACCACCUAAAGGUGUUUUAUUAUUUGGACCCCCUGGUACAGGAAAGACAUUAUGUGCUAGAGCUGUAGCUAAUAGAACAGAUGCCUGUUUUAUUCGUGUUAUAGGAUCAGAAUUAGUACAGAAAUAUGUGGGAGAGGGUGCUAGAAUGGUCAGAGAAUUGUUUGAAAUGGCAAGAGCCAAGAAAGCCUGUAUCAUAUUUUUUGAUGAAAUUGAUGCUAUUGGCGGUGCGAGGUUUGAUGAUGGAGCCGGUGGUGACAAUGAGGUACAGAGAACCAUGUUAGAACUUAUUAAUCAAUUAGAUGGUUUUGAUCCCCGUGGUAAUAUCAAGGUACUCAUGGCAACAAACAGACCAGAUACUCUAGAUCCAGCACUUAUGAGACCUGGUCGUCUCGAUAGAAAAAUAGAAUUUGGUUUACCAGAUUUAGAGGGAAGAUCUCACAUCUUCAAGAUCCAUGCUCGAUCUAUGAGUGUAGAAAAAGAUAUUCGUUAUGAACUGAUGGCCAGAUUAUGUCCUAAUAGUACAGGAGCCGAGAUCAGAAGUGUUUGUACAGAAGCUGGUAUGUUUGCUAUUAGAGCCAGACGAAAAAUGGCCACUGAAAAAGAUUUCCUGGAAGCUGUUAACAAAGUUAUUAAAGCCUAUGCCAAAUUUAGUUCUACACCUCGAUACAUGACCUACAAUUAAAAUAUUUUCAUUAUAAUAUUUAUACAGAAAUUUAAAUGAUGUAAAUUUAAUUGUUGGUGACGAUAUCAUUAUCUUGUUUUUGACAUUAGAGAACACAAAUUAUCGACAAUUAGAAGCAUGGACAGAUAAAAUUGUAAGGAGAAAAGAAUUUGAUUCUGUUUGUAAGUCAACAUUAAGAGUUCAUUACCUGUACAUUGUUUUCAUCAUAAGUAAACUGUUAACUCAUCA